UUAGUAAUAAUUCCAGUCUCUCAUUGCUCUUUUUAAACUCUUAAGAAGAAGAAGAAGAAGAACAAGAGGAAGAGGAGGAAGAACAAGAAGAAAAUAGCCAUGGGAAGAGCUCCUUGCUGUGACAAGGAAAACGUGAAGAAAGGGCCAUGGUCACCAGAGGAAGAUGCCAAGCUCAAGUCUUAUAUAGAGCAGAACGGAACUGGUGGUAAUUGGAUUGCUCUUCCACAGAAAGUUGGAUUGAAAAGAUGUGGCAAGAGUUGCCGACUUCGAUGGCUCAACUAUCUUCGACCAAAUCUAAAGCAUGGAGCCUUCUCGGAGGAGGAGGAGAACAUAAUUUGUAGCCUCUACAUCAGAAUUGGAAGCAGGUGGUCAUUGAUUGCAGCCCAGUUGCCUGGGAGGACCGAUAACGAUAUAAAAAAUUAUUGGAACACCAAGCUCAAGAAGAAGUUGCUCGGCAAAUUUCCCCGCAAAGAUCACCAUCAGAAUCAGUACACCUGUCGAGCUCCUAAACAAGAUCCCAAAAAUCCUCACAAAAUCCUCAACAGUCUUGAAAUUUCAAAUGGUGAUUCUCCCGCCGGCUGCUGGAUUGAGCCAACAUUGCCAGCCUAUAUCCCUUCUUCAACCGAAAUCAAAAGACUCCUCCCAAAGCCGGAAGGAACUCCUCUCUUGAUUUCACCAGACCAUUCUCUCAAUGGCACAAAUUCGCAUCUCUUGGCAACUUCACCUCAGCCCAGCUCCUUUACUAAUUGCUUAAGCAGCUCUUCGGCCGAGCUUGACGACAUAUUUGGCCAAUUUGAUUCUUUCUAUGAAUCGACCGGAAUGUCGAGAGAGAUCAUAGAAUUGCUUAGCAUGCCUGAUCAGGUCAUUAACUCUUUGAUGUAUCCUUUAAUGGAGGCCAGCACCGCGGUGAGCUACCAAGGCUCAAUUGGUGUAAAUGGUGGCUUAGUGUAGAUUUUUAGGAUUGAUGAUGAUGAUGAUGAUGGUGAUGAUAUGAAAUUCAUUUUACAUUCAUACCAACACAAGAAGCUCAUCAGAGCUAGUUGUAUUUGUGUUUUGCGCAUUUGUUUGAUUUUCAUAAAGAGGAUUGGU